AUGACUUCCUCUGAGAAUUUGAGUUUCUUUUCUCCCGAAUACUCUUCUCCCAGGAUGCUUCCCAUACCCCCAACCCCACCCCCACUCCCACCAUCUCGGAAACAAAGGCUUCCGACCAUCCCAUCCCCGGAAAAUCAAGAAUCCAAGCUCCCAACUUCAUCGGCGCCGGAGAAUCCAUGGUGGAACAGGCAGAAUAAACCAGAACAAUACCCAGUGGUUCUAAGACCACCUCGCAGGAAGACCAACCCAAUGGUAUGGUGUGGCGCAAUCGUGUGUUUGAUCUUUAGCCUGUUUUUGAUCAUCUUUGGGGUGGCAACUUUGAUCAUCUUCCUCGCCGUAAAACCAAGAACCCCGGCGUUCGAUACGCCGGCGGCGAGCCUAAAUUUUGUCUACUUGAACUCUCUGCAGUUCCUGAACGGGGAAUUCUCGUUUAUCGCUAAUUUUUCCAACCCAAAUCGGAGACUAAACGUCAGGUUCGAGAGUUUGGAAGUUGAACUGUUUUUCUCUGACAGUUUGAUAGCCACCCAAAUUCUUCAACCGUUCAGUCAGAGAGAAGGAGAAGUGAAAUUGAUCCCAGUUCACCUGAUAUCAAGCUUGGUUUACCUGCCACCAAAUCAUGCUUUGGGGCUUCAAAGGCAAGUGCUAAGCAACAGAAUUGUGUACAACAUAAGAGGAAGUUUUAAGGUGAGGUUUGAUAUAGGGCUGUUUCAUUAUUCUUAUUGGUUGCAUGGGAGAUGCCAAGUAGAGAUGACAGGUCCACCAAAUGGUGUUCUUAUCACCCACACCUGCAAAACAAAGAGGUGA